AUGGAAUUUAAAAGAUCUUUAAUAUUAUUUGCAUUUCUUCUAAUAAGAAUAACCAAUGCAUUUCAUUUUUAUCUUAAAGGUUUGCAAAAAACAUGUUUUCUUCAAGAAUUACCAAAAGGAAUGUUUAUUGUUGGAAAAUAUACAGUAGAUAAUUUAAAGUAUUAUAAUAACUCCAAAGAAGUAGGAGUUCGUAUAACUAUUUAUGAAUCAAACGAAAAAAUAUCAGAUCAGCUUGGAUUUGGGUCAAGUCAAUUUAUAUUUACAUCGGAUCAAACUUCAAAAUAUCAAAUAUGUUUUGAAAUCCACACGGAACUACAUCAAUUACAACACAUUCGUCUUACAUUAGAUUUUAUAGUUGGAGAAACUAAUAUAAGUCAAGAAAAUACAACGAAAAUAGUCGAAAAAAUGGCUAAAACGACAAAACGGUUAAAUCAACAAAUUUUUGAAAUUAAAUUAGCACAGAAAAUGAUGCGUGAAAAAGAGGAAGAAUUUAGGGCGCAAAGUGAAAUAACAAACGGGCGUGUAUUAAAAUGGGCAUUAGUUCAAUUAUCUAUUUUAUUUGCAACAUCCAUUUGGCAAACCAUUCACCUUCAAGGAUUUUUUAUUAAACAAAAACUUGUUUGA